AUGCCUGCCCCGACCGCCAUCAAGCAGGCGGAGACCGCUGCCCCGCCAUUCGAGGCCGCCCUCCAGGAGCCUCAGCAAGAUGAGGAACUCCUCCUCGAUGCGCCGACCCUGCCUGAGGAGAUGGAUGCGAUCCUGCCCAGCGUGCCGCAGAACGGAGAGGAGGGCGAGAUGGUCGUCGACGAGGAGAACCGCCCGCGCUUUGCGCCCGCCAGAGACAUCGACCCCGUCACCAGAAUAGAGACUCGCAAGGUCCCCGUGCCUCCUCACAGAUUCACACCCCUCAAGUCCGCUUGGCCCAAGAUCUACCCGCCGCUCGUCGAGCACCUCAAGCUCCAGGUCCGCAUGAACCCGCGCCGGAAACAGGUCGAGCUCCGCACGUCGAAGCACACCACCGAGGACGGUGCCCUGCAGAAGGGCGAGGACUUUGUCAAGGCCUUCACCCUGGGCUUCGACGUCGACGAUGCUAUUGCGCUGUUGCGUCUCGACGACCUCUACAUCGAGACGUUCGAGAUCCGUGAUGUCAAGCAGGUCAUGGGUAACGAGGCGCAAGGCCGUGCCAUCGGCCGCAUUGCAGGCAAGGACGGCAAGACAAAGUUCGCCAUCGAAAACGCCAGCAAGACCCGUAUCGUCCUGGCCGACAGCAAGAUCCACAUUCUCGGCGCCUACAAGAACAUCCACAUGGCCCGCGAGUCCAUUGUCAGCCUGAUUCUCGGAAAGCCGCCUUCCAAGGUCUACGGCAACCUGCGGACGGUCGCGGCGCGCAUGAAGGAGAGAUUCUAA